AUGACGGCGCAUCCAAAGGCCAGUGCCCGACUCGACCUCAGCAACGUCUACGAUGGGGAGAGUGGAUGUCGCAAGUGGAAUGGAAUCGCGAAAUUCGGCGACGACGUUGUUUGCGCGGACGUGCACAUGGACGUGAGUGCCGGUGACACGGCUGAUUUGCCCGUAGGCAUACGAUUCGACGUUGCGGCGCGGAAAGUGCUCUGGUUGCACACGGACGAGUUGGUGGACGCGAACCACGACAAGCGGCUUUUGCAAUAA